AUGCUAUACCGCCAAUCGGUAGAUACCUCGAAUCCGUUUACAAAGCUUGCUCCAAGCCUUCGAGUCUACAUUCGGGAGGACCCAUUGAGAGCGACUUAUCCGUUACAUCUCCAAUUCCUCUCUUUCCAAGCUAUCAAUAUCGCCAAAGUGAUCGAAGAGGAUGGAAUCGCCCGGAGUGUUCCGCGUUUUACACAAGGCGACAAAAUACCAUAUGUUCUAAAGGUCGUCAAACGCUUGACAGGGGUCGUUCAGCCAGCUAGUAUUGCGAUGUUAAAUAACCCUUACGCAACCCCUCAAAAUGAAGUCGAACAACUGGUUGUGAGCGGUAUUCAGUACUAUAGUGGUGGCUCCUUACAGCAUGUUCUUGAUAAACAGCGUGUUAAGGAGUUCGGCUGGGAGAGAUGGGCUAUUCAAAUUGGGAAUACUUUAGGCGUUAUUCACCGCGCAGGGACAACGCACAUGGACAUAAAGCCUUCAAACGUUGUUCUCGACUAUGAUGGUAAUGUAGUCCCCAUUGAUAUCAGCGGCAUCGAUGGAGUAACACACGAAUGGCGUGCUCCAGAGACACAAGAUGAAAUAUUACCUAUUGAGCUUCCGUUCCAAGCACGUCGAUUGAAUGAUAUGUGGGCCUACGGAAAGCUAUUGGCAGAGAUUGCGUCAAACGCCGGUGACAGCCCCUUCGCGGGAACUCUCAAGUGGGUUUCUGGGCACUUUACUGAAUAUAUUCGCAAUAGGUGGACUCUAUCUGAGGGCAUCUUUCAGAUGGAAAAGUUGUCAGUUGAUUAG